AUGCUCAAGCUCAUCACCCUCGUCCUCGUCCUAGUCCUCUGCGCCUCGGCUGCCCCCUCGCCCACCAUCAAGCGCCAGCAGACGCGCUCCACCAUCAAGUGGGCUGGUGCGCCUUCUCUCUUCUUCGAGUUCGACCAGAUCUUCACGACCCCCAUCUACACGCCCACCUCGAUCCAGAACGGGAUCGAGCCCUACGUCGGCCAGGACGCGCCCAAGUUCUUCUACCGUAACUGGGAGAUUAGCGGUGGUCAGAUCGCCGUGACGGGUGACCUCGGCGAGCGCAAGUGCCUGGACGCUGGCAUUGCCCCUGGCGACGGCUCGCGUGUCCACAUGUGGGACUGCUACGACGGCCUCGCGCAGCAGCAGUGGGACGUUGAGGGCGGACAGAUCCGCCUGCGCGACUCCGACCUCUGCCUCGAUGUCCCCAACGGACAGCCGGGUAGCAACUAUGUGCAGGUUUGGGAGUGGUAA